AACCGGAAGACACUUUUCACUUCGGCUACGUGGAAGUAGCUCGUAUUUUCACCGAGGCGAAGAGCGUCUGUAAGCCCUCAGCCUUCACUUUAGCUCCGUGACAAUGAUUAAAAAAUUUGACAAGAAGGACGAGGAGUCCGGAAGUGGGUCGAACCCUUUCCAAAAUCUGGAGAAGAGUGCUGUUCUGCAAGAGGCACGUAUUUUCAAUGAAACUCCCAUCAACCCAAGAAGAUGUCUUCACAUCCUGACCAAGAUCAUCUACCUCCUCAACCAGGGUGAACAUUUAGGGACCACCGAGGCUACCGAAGCCUUCUUUGCUAUGACCAGACUCUUUCAGUCCAAUGAUCAAACCCUGAGGAGGAUGUGCUACCUUACCAUCAAAGAGAUGGCCAACAUCUCAGAGGAUGUCAUCAUUGUCACCAGCAGCCUGACCAAGGACAUGACAGGGAAGGAGGAUGUGUACCGAGGGCCUGCUAUCAGAGCUCUUUGCAGGAUUACAGAUACCAACAUGCUACAGUCUAUUGAGAGAUACAUGAAGCAGGCUAUUGUUGAUAAGGUGCCCAGUGUGUCCAGUUCUGCCCUGGUGUCCUCUCUGCACAUGAUGAAGAUAAGCUACGACAUUGUGAAGCGCUGGGUGAAUGAAGCGCAAGAAGCUGCUUCCAGUGACAAUAUCAUGGUUCAGUACCAUGCUCUGGGCCUGUUGUAUCACCUCAGGAAGAACGACCGCCUCGCUGUCACCAAGAUGCUCAACAAAUUCACCAAAUCUGGACUGAAGUCUCCUUUUGCCUACUGCAUGCUCAUCCGGAUCGCGAGUAAACUGCUGGAUGAGACCGAGGGAGGUCACGACAGCCCCUUAUUUGACUUCAUUGAGGGCUGCCUGAGGAACAAGAAUGAGAUGGUGGUGUAUGAGGCUGCUUCUGCCAUUGUCCAUAUGCCCAAUUGUACUGCCAGAGAGCUGGCUCCUGCUGUGUCAGUACUGCAGCUCUUCUGUGGCUCUCCUAAAGCUGCCUUGAGAUAUGCUGCAGUCCGGACCCUUAACAAGGUGGCGAUGAAACAUCCCUCAGCUGUCACGGCUUGUAAUCUGGACCUGGAGAACCUGAUCACGGAUUCAAACCGUAGCAUCGCCACACUGGCCAUUACCACUCUGCUGAAGACUGGCAGUGAGAGCAGUGUGGACCGACUGAUGAAGCAGAUCUCAUCGUUUGUUUCUGAGAUCUCUGACGAGUUCAAGGUGGUGGUGGUGCAGGCCAUCAGCGCACUGUGUCAGAAAUAUCCCAGGAAGCACAGUGUCAUGAUGAACUUCCUGUCCAACAUGCUCAGAGACGAUGGCGGUUUUGAGUACAAGCGAGCCAUUGUGGAUUGUAUAAUCAGCAUCAUUGAGGAGAACCCAGAGAGCAAGGAGACCGGCUUGGCUCACCUGUGUGAGUUCAUCGAGGACUGCGAGCACACAGUGUUGGCCACCAAGAUCCUGCACCUGCUGGGCAAAGAGGGACCACGCACGCCGCAGCCCUCCAAAUACAUCCGCUUCAUCUUCAACCGAGUGGUGCUGGAGAGCGAGGCUGUUCGGGCAGCUGCAGUCAGUGCUUUGGCUAAAUUUGGAGCUCAGAAUGAUGAUCUGCUGCCGAGUGUCCUGGUUCUUAUGCAGAGGUGCAUGAUGGACAGUGAUGACGAGGUGCGCGACAGGGCCACUUUCUAUAUGAAUGUGCUCCAGCAGAAGCAGAAGGCUCUUAAUGCUGCCUACAUCUUUAAUGGUUUGUCUGUUUCCGUCCCUGGCCUGGAGAAGGCCCUCCACCAGUACACUCUGGAACCCUCAGUGGAACCUUUCGACAUUAAGACCGUUCCUCUGGCCACUGCUCCCAUCACAGAGCAGAGAACAGAAAUGGCCCCCAUCGCGACCAGCAAACUUCCAGAGAAGUUGGCACCAUCACGCCAGGACAUUUAUCAGGAGCAACUGGCAAACAUCCCAGAGUUACACGGGCUGGGUCCACUCUUCAAGUCGUCGGAGCUGGUGCGGCUGACGGAGGCUGAGACGGAGUACGUGGUGUGCUGCGUCAAACACACCUUCGCCAGGCACAUAGUGUUCCAGUUCGACUGCACAAACACGCUGAACGACCAGCUCUUGCAGAAGGUCAUUGUGCAGAUGGAGCCGUCGGAAGCCUACGAGGUGAUAAACUACAUUCCCGCCCACAGCCUCCCCUACAGUCAGCCCGGGUCCACUUACACUCUGGUCCGCCUGCCUGAUGACGACCCCACUGCUGUGUCUUGCACGUUCAGCUGCACUAUGAAGUACCUCGUCAGAGAUUGCGAUCCAAACACAGGCGAGCCUGACGAUGACGGUUAUGACGACGAAUAUGUGCUGGAGGAUCUGGAGGUGGCGGUCGCCGACCACAUCCAGAAGGUGUUGAAGCCAAACUUCGGAGCAGCGUGGGAAGAAGUGGGAGACGAAUUUGAGAAGGAAGAGACGUUUGCCCUGGCGUCUGUGCGGACGUUAGACGAGGCGGUGAGUAACAUCAUCAGCUUCCUGGGAAUGCAGCCAUGCGAGCGCUCCGACAAAGUUCCGGAAAACAAGAAUUCGCACGUCCUGUUGCUGGCAGGCGUGUUUCGCGGCGGCCACGACGUGCUUGUCCGCGCCCGCCUGGCUCUGGCCGACAGCGUCACCAUGCAGGUGACGGUUCGCAGUGGAGACGAGACGGUGGUUGACAUCAUCCUAGCGUGCGUGGGCUAAAGUCCUUUACGUUAGAGCCCACAAGACCCUUAAUGUCUCCAGAGCUAAGUGUCUGAAACACUUCUUUUUUUUCUUUUUCUUCACUGUAGCUCUAAAGUUAAAUAUAUAUUGCUAUUGUAAUUAUUACACUGACAUCAUUUGACCUGUAAAACAACACAAAUGUUUUAGUUGAAGGUUUCUUCUGUUUUUCCUUUAUUUGUCCGUCUGCUCUUCCUGGUUCUGUCAAAUCUACAAUAAAGUCUUGACUGUCAAAAUAAA